AUGAAGUCUACACGAUUUUUGAACGAGUCUCAGACGGCUCUGGUGAAACAAUCAUGGCCGAUGAUUGUUUCAAAUAGUUUUUGGACUUCGUUUUAUAUUAAUCUGUUCAAGAGAAGUCCAUCAUAUCAAUUACAAUUCGAUCGUUUCGCUCAUGUUCMAUUCGAUGAGCUUGAAUCAAACGUUYACUUUACGGCACACUCUUUCAGGACAGGCUUUGCAUUUAAUACUGCAAUUGAACUCUUGGAAACACCCGAUGAAUUAAACAAAGUCCUCGUGGAUUUGGGAGAAAAACACCGCAAAUUUCGUCUUACGGCUGAACAUUUCGAGGUCGUCAAAGACGUACUGACACAUAUGAUUGAGGAUCGCUUGCCGACAGACGAACCUGCCAGAUUUGCGCUUAUGGCGGAUGCGUGGAAGCCGUGCAUAACCUUGGUGAUCGGAGUUAUCAUGGAUUCCGCGACCGCCACGGUUAAUUAAAUUGCGAUUUAUACGGCGGCGACGACGACGAUAAUAUUAUCAUCAUGGUAGACAGUGUAUAAUAAACGUUUAUAGACAUGUGUAUACCGUAUACCACGUGAAGCCUUACACUUAAAUUCUUAAACAGUAUAAUAAACAGUAACACAUUUA